GCUACACAUGCGCAGGCGGGGGCGGGCUUUCUUCCUUCUCGCCGAUCGCCGCCAAGAUGGUGUUCCGGCGCUUCGUGGAGGUCGGUCGCGUGGCCUACGUCUCCUUCGGGCCGCACGCCGGCAAGCUGGUGGCCAUCGUGGACGUGAUCGACCAGAACAGGGCCUUGGUAGAUGGACCCUGUACUAAAGUAAGAAGGCAGGCCAUGCCUUUCAAGUGCAUGCAGCUCACCGACUUCGUUAUCAAGUUCCCACACAGUGCCCAUCAGAGGUACGUCCGAAAAGCUUGGGAGAAAGCAGAUAUCAAUAAGAAGUGGGCUGCCACAAGAUGGGCCAAGAAAAUUGAUGCCAGAGAAAGGAAAGCCAAGAUGACGGAUUUUGAUCGCUAUAAGGUCAUGAAGGCCAAGAAAAUGAGGAACCGAAUAAUCAAGCUUGAAGUUAGGAAGCUGCAGAAGGCUGCUCUCAUGAAGACUUCUCCCAAAAAGGUAGCUGCUGCUAAGGGUGCGGCCGCAGCAAAGGCUCCAGCUAAAACGGCAACGGCUGCAGGCAAGAAGGCUCCUCCUGCCCAGAAGGCUCCCGCCCAAAAGGCUGCUGCCCAGAAGGCUCCUACCCAGAAGGCUCCUGCCCAGAAAGCCUCGGGCCAGAAAGCUGCACCUCCAAAAGCUCAGAAGGGUCAGAAAGCACCUGCUGCAAAGGCAUCUGGCAAGAAAGCUUAAGAUCAGAUGCGCUUACUAGAGUAAUAAAGUUUUCUUUUUGACAA